UAUAUUUUGUUCAUCUUCAUCGUAUUUUCUGAAAUCACCGCGUCGUUAGGAUUUUAUGGAUGAAAUAAUAUUGUUUAGAUGACAAACGUGACUAUAGAUAUAGCUAUACUCAGUUGAGUAAUACUGAUAUAUCACCCCAAUGCGUAGCAGGCGUUUCGUUUGUGCCGGGGUGACGCAAUAAAUACCUGUCUAUAAUAAUUGUAGCUAAAAUUCCAGGAAAUUAACGGAAACAUUAAGGAAAAACUAAACAAAUAGCGGCACAUGAAGAAAAAAUACAAUUAAAAUAAAAUCUCCAGGAAAAUUAUUAAUUAAGAAGAAAAACUCCCCGCCGCCCCUGGAUACGUAUAGGUUAUAAUCAACCUCGUUUCUUGGACAUUUGUAAUAUUUAUUUGUCUUUAGGAUUCAGGUUGAACAAUAAUUAUGUGAUGAAAAACGUAUCUGCAAUAUCUGUGGUGUUCUGUGGCUUCCAAUGUUUAGAUGAAAAAUGUUGUGCAUCAAUCACAUACCACGAAGAGCACUCAUCAGAAACAUACAAGAAAAAUUGUCAGUUAAAUAAUGUUUUUUCUUUAAACUAUUCUGGAUCUUUGCUCCGAGACGAAAAUGCUAAUUAUUAUGAACUUGUGGACAAUGUAAGUUAAUAUACAGUAUAUGCAUCACCCAUUUAAAUUUUCUUUAAAAGCAACCCUGAACUUGACUACUUGAGAUUAACCAUGCAUAUGCAUGUAGCACCAAAUUUGACUUGAAUUUUAAGUAAGUAACAAUACAGAACCAUAUUGUUUAUUUGCAAUGACGUAAUUUUGGGAUUUCAGUAGCCUGCGUAGCAGGCGUUUAGUGCGGGCGGGAGAAAAGAGGGCGUCGUUUGAGGAAACGCCUUCCCAAAUGGCUAUGACAAAUUUGUUCUUGAAAUUUUUCUCUUGAUCGAAAAAAUUUCGUCAAUCUCGUUAACGGAAGUAAUUACGUAACUCAAAUGUCAACAAUAAUUUUGCUCGCAUAUCGAAUGGCAGACAGCCGUAUAUUUCUCAUAAAAAUAUGCUUGUUAAUGCUUUGGAGGAAACUCUUUCUUAUAUUUCAAGUAUUUUAAUUAGCUUCGAAAUUCAGUUGAAACCAGAACAGAGAAAAUCUAUUAUUAACUUGCUACGUGGUGAAGACGCCGGUCAUCGCGAUUCUUGAGGCCCACCAAGGGUGUAACCUAGGCCGCUUGUCACUAAUUUUGUAGCUGCUUUGUCGCUUGUUUUAUUGUAACUGAUAAAUGUCGCUGUCACUUUUGACCCAUAACACAAAUCGCAAUUUGUCGCUUUUUCCCAGGAAAUUGCCCGAGGAAAUUUUUAAAUUUAGAGUCUCUGAAAUGCCAUUUCCUGGACUUUGGGGAAGAUUUGACAGAAUUCUGAUGGUCAGAAAACAGCGUUUUCGUAUGUCGAAAUUUACAAUUUAGUAGUACUAAAUGGGCGAAGGCGUAUUUAUUAACUAUAUAUUGGAUAAGUUGCAGGAAAAUAUGGGUAAUAUCUUCAUUUUUUGCAGUUUGUCAUGGAUUAAAUGACAAAUGCCUGCAUGAUUUUGAAAAAAGAAUGAUUAUUAGCAAAUUAUCGGGGGGCUGCAGCCCCCCAGCCCACCCCCGGUUGCUACGGCCCUGUGAUAAAGUUAUUGAACAUACAUGUUUAACUGUUUUAUUAAUCCUUGACUUGAUGUGUAGACAUUGGACCGUUGCUGUUUCAUUACGUGUCAACAUGAAGGACAUUGCAAUGAAAUGACUGAGAAAUGUUUGUGUAAGGCAGGAUUUUGAGGAAGCUUCUGUGAGAUAUGUAAGUUCUUAAAUUCAAGUGUUUUUAUGUCUUCACUUCGUAUCGAAGUCAGCGGUUUGACAUGCUUAUUCAUUCAGUUCUUUUAUAUACAGUGGUGAAGUAUAUCGCUAUUCUGAAAUUUCCAGUUCAAGUUUUACGCGAUCGACUUGUUCAUGCAUACAUGUACAUGGGCGAUGGUCAUUAGCUUCAUAUACAAAUCUUCGUAUUAAAACGGUUUAGUAUACUGUAAGUAUAUAAGUGUAUAACCAUUCCUGUUCGAUCUCCUAUCAAGAGGGUCCUGAAGGGGUAAAAUGGGAACUGGGAUUGAUCUAAUUUUAGACUGGGAAAAUGGGAUUUGGGUUGCUGGGACUGGGAUUUGGCUACUGGGAAUGGGAAAUGAAGUCCUCAAAAAUGGGAAUGCGAUUGAGGUAAUGCGAGUCGAUUCCCAAUUUUUCUACAUUUUAAGUGUUUUAAAAUACAAUUUUGAUCCGUUUUCAGUGUCUUUGGUCAUGAUUUUUGUUGUUAAUUAUAUUAUUCACAGCACUACCUGCGAACAGGCAUACUCUGGCGCCCGGAAUUCUGGGUUUUCUGAUUAUGCGUGUCUCAGAAUGCUGCAAAUGCCAUUUCCGGGAUUCAAAUUUAAAAAUUUUCUGUGCCUUCGGCACGAGCCCCCCCGAUAUUUCAUAAAGUGUCCACCACUUCCACACACGGUGGCUUAAAAGGUCUUAAAACUGUUUAUUCUACCGAUAAAUAAAGGGUUGUUUAUUACUGGGAUUUCAAUAACUCGGACUGGGAUUUCUAAUGAAAAUCCAAUUGGGACUGGGAUUUUGCGAAAAUUUCAGGUGGGAAAUGGGAUUGGGACCCCCCCUUCAGGACCUUCUAUCAAGCCACUGACUGAUUGACAUUGUGACAAAUUAAAGACAAACCAACUCAACCCUCUGUCAGAGAAAAACGAAGAAAAAGUUAUUUCAAUGAUCAUUCUAAAUUAAAAUGAUUUUAAUGGUUUGAAACCUAUGAUUUUUCUGUUAUAAAACGAUUCGCCCCUUGUGAGGUAAUCCGGAAUCCGACUUUUUGUUGGUUUAGGAAUCCGGAAUCCAGAGUCUUGGAAUCCGGAAUCCAGACAGUGGAAUCCGAAUCCAAAUAGCUGAGGAAUCCGUAAUCCAGAGCCCAGUUUGUUCUGGAAUCCAUUCAUGUUUCAUUAAUUUAGAAAAAAAAACCCGUAAAAAUAUAAAAAACAUUGCUAACCAUCUCCUCUUUUUUUUUACUCCAGGAAAUAUGUUCAGGCUCUUUCAAGUUUCAUGACCAAAUAGUCCAAAUACAUGAAAUUUGGGAAACUGUUUGCGCCCGCUCGGUUUCCGAUUACUAGCGCGUGUAUACACAUUCUUAUGUACCGUUUGCAUCUACGACGCGGUCGUGGAAAGAACUGUAACUAUUCCCAUAGUUUCACUACACGGAUAAAAAUUAAACAAAGUCAGAGACACAAGUGAAUUGGUAAACAAAGUCAAGCUGCAUACAAUAAAACUGGAUUUCAAACAUUAGUUUUAUGUCACGUCCGCGUCGUAAGCCUUGGGCAAACUAGCAAACAUUGUUGCGGAAACACUGUGAUUCGCCAUGUUUCCUCAAGUGUUUCUGUGUUUGUCACCCGUAGAAACAUCGUUGCAGAAACACAAUUUGCUUCCCGAGAAGCAGAAAUGUUUCCUAUCAAAUUCAGAAACAUUUCAUGCUUCCCAAGUGCGAUUUUUGUUGCGGAAACAUUGUUUCCUAGUGUUUGUCCACCUUGGGAAACAUGGCGAAACAUUGGCAGGAAACAACGUUUCCUAGUUUGCCCAGGGCUGUAGAUUUGGUGCAUCUUAAGCUCGUGCAAGCUUAAGCUCGUGCAUCUUGGUGUAUCUUAAGCUUUUGAGUCGACUACGAAACGAAUUUUCGGACUUGGACAUGGGGAAACAUUUCAAACACAGUAAGGAAUCAAAUGAGAAAAGAUGUGUAUUAUUUUCUUGUCAAUCUUGUUUUAUUUUAUUUAUAUAUACUUGGUACCUACCCAACUAGACACUGACCCGUUUAUACAUUUACAUUAGAAUAAAAUGCCUUUUUUUAAAUUUCGCAUCAAUUAUUUGAAACACUGAAGGACGUUUACAUCAAAUCGAGCCUGUCAAGCCUGCAGUGUUUGAUACAAAAAUAGUGCGCCUCUCCGUUUUGAAACGUUAAAUUACACCUAUAAGUUAUGUCUCCUAUAUAAAAUUUAUUAUUAAUUAGUUGCUUGUGAACAUUUUAACAAUUUCCUCGAAAAUAAAUGCUAUUUAGUACUGUGUGACUUUGCAAUACACAAAAUAAUAAAUUGGACAGGACCGUAGCGAGGAGGGGGUAUUGGGGGGGGGGGGGGUUACACCUUCCCCCCACUUUUUUAGAAUUAACAUAUUCGGAAAAUCGGGUUGGCCAUUCGGAAAAUUAGGUCAAUAAUAGUAUAGCAAAAUUUUAGUUGUUAAACAGAGAAAAUAUAAUAUAAUUGUAGUAUCAGUAUAAACUGAUUUACGAAAUCAUGGCAUUUACAUGGAUAACAUUUAACAAAUAGUAAAUCGGUAUUUAACCUUUAUUUAAUUAACCUAUCAUUUAACCUUUAAAAUACUGAUAGUUGAUUAAUUUUAAGCGGCUACAUUAUCCAUGACAGACUACAAAGAAUCAUAUUACCCAUACUCCUGCAAUUUCUCCAAUAUCUGAUAGUUAAUUAAAUAUUUACGCCUUCGCCCAAUUAGUACUACUAAAUUGUAAGCAAAUUGUAAAUUUCGACAAAUUAAAACACUAUUUGCUGACCGUCAGAAUUCUGUCAAAACUUCCCCAAAAUCCAGGAAAUGGCUUUUCAGAGACUCUAAAUUUAAAAAUUUCCUCGGGCCUUAGGCCCUCGUUCUCUGCCCCCAAAUCAAAAAGAGCUCCCUACGCCACUGCAAGCUCUGUAAUACGUCUAUGCGUAAAACAUGCGUUUACGUCUAUGCGUAAAAUACGUCUAUGCGUAAAACAUUUUUGUUUGUACAUAGCGUCUUCAUUUUCGUGGCUUCACAUGCCAUGAAAUAUUCGGAAAAUGUUUUCGUCACUUCGGACAUUUUUGUCCCACACCUUCCCCCCCCCCCCCCCCCCCCCCCCCCACACACACACACAACUAUACAUGCUAGUUACGGCCCUGAAAUUGGAAUCCGGAAUCCACUAUAGUUUAGGAAUCCGGAAUCCAAGAUGUAGAAUCUGGAAUCCAAGGAGUUGGAUCCGGAAUCCAAGCAGUGGGAUCCGGAAUCCAAAUACCUCCUGGAUUACCUCACAUGGGGCGAAACGAUAAUCACAUUCUCAACUGUACAGAUAAACGAUCCAUCUUUACAGCGCCAGUGAUCCACUAGCUAUACUGUAUAUGCUGCAGUUGUGUUAGAAAUUGGGACCGAACAUAAAGGCAUAGCACAAUAUUUUAUAGUAUAUUUUAUAUUUUAUAGUUUUAAAUUUAAAAUUUCUAAUAUUAUCACUAUGGGUUUACAAUAUGGUGAUUGAUAAAAAUCUAUCUAUAUAUCAUAAUCUAUCCUAUAUAUUCUGUGUGUCUUGCAUAAUUUUAUGAGGUAACUAGCCAAAUGUCAGGAAGCGACAGUGAUCGCAACUGAUAAAUGCAUGUCAUCCUUCCUGUUCACAGUGAACCUUCAAUUCCUAAUACUAACUCUCUUGACAAAGAGCGUCUGACGUAAAUCUCAAUGAUUUAUAUUUUCACAUGGAGCAGUUAAUUGUGACGCGUCUUAAUAUUUUUAGAUCCACAAUCGUGCUUGGAAAUCAAAACUCUGAAAAACGAGUCAAGCUCAGGAGUAUAUUGGAUACAAGUUAAUACCUCAGGCGGAGCGAACGAAAAUACAAUCUUACCAUUUCAAGUAUAUUGUGAUAUGGAUACACACGGAGGGGGUUGGACACUAGUUUAUUCUUACACAUUUACAAAUUAUGAUGACUUCUAUAAUGACAAUAAUGCCGUAACCCCCCGUCCAGCAUGGUAUGCUCCAGACGCUGAUGUUGAGAUCUCUAAUGUUGCUCCGUUGAAUGAAAUAGCAUUAGGAGCCAUGGAUUUUGAACUCUGGCAAAAUGUUGGAGAGGAAUUCUUAAUCAAGUCAAACAUUAACGACUGGAUUGUUUGUGAACCGGAUGGUGGAAGCUUAGUCCGUGAAGUCGAUGGAUCUCUAUCGUGCAUAAAUAUCAAGAAUGUCGCGACGGCAUGUGAAGGAGUUGAACCAUAUCGUAUUACUAAACACAGCUGUGGACCACGCAUAUAUGCAGCCACCUCAUUUUAUCGAUUUGAUGGAUCAAAGGAGAAAUGCUAUCCUGUACACGACCCCUGCAACUCAGGAGUUACUGUCAACGAAAAGAAGAAUGUCAGUAAUCCUGGUGGAAAUAUUUUUCUUAGAUGA